AUGGCGUCCGCAGGUCCCGUCUUGAAAUGGAAGAAAGUAACUACGGCGUCUGGAAAUGUGCCUCGUUCUCGGCACGGUCAUAAAGCUGUUGCUCUCAAAGACCUCAUCGUAAUUUUUGGUGGGGGUAAUGAAGGAAUUGUUGAUGAACUUCACGUGUUUAAUACAAGUAAUGCCAAUUUUCCUUAUGACAUUUUCGACUUCAGCCCUCUGCCAAUGGUUCCUUCCUGCUGUUAGAGGCGACAUACCACCGGGUUGUGCUGCCUUCGGAAUGAUUUCCGAAAACACCCGUGUUCUUAUGUUCGGGGGGAUGUUGGAGUAUGGAAAAUACUCGAACGAAUUGUAUGAACUCCAAGCUUCUAAAUGGGAGUGGAAACGUCUCAAACCCAAGCCACCGCGUAACGGGCCUUCGCCUUGCGCAAGGAUAGGUGAAUACCCUUUGCCAUUUUUAAAGCCGUGGUUUUAUUAGCUGUCUAAUUAGGAGUUGCCUAUUAUAAUAAGUAAAUAAUUAGCUGAAUAAUUAUCAAGUGUUUGUUUUAUGUUUUAUUUGUGCUCCAGGCAAACUUCUUUACCUACGGAUGUCUGGCGUGCUGCAGGGCUCCUUGCUAGUACCUUCUUUUUUCUUUUAGGACACAGCUUCACACUGGUUGGUCAAAGAGCAUUUCUUUUUGGAGGGAUAACUAAUGACAGUGAAGACCCAAAAAACAAUAUCCCACGGUACGAAGCGACACAUUUUUGUUGCUUUAUAACGUGUGAUCGUUUACGGUAUUGUUUUGAGGAACGGAACACAUUGCGUGCUGCUCCGUUUAUCUUCGUGCCCUUUUUGUGCGUUCUCAUUUGCAACCCAGUCCUUUCUCCCAAAUUACUCAGGUACCUCAAUGACUUGUACACACUGGAACUGCGGCCAAAUUCCUCAGCCAUGUGCUGGGAUAUUCCCAUUACUUACGGUCAGCCACCUUCCCCACGAGAGUCGCAUACUGCUGUUGCAUAUCAAGUCAUGGAUGGAUUAAUCAAAAAAUGGCGACUGCUUGUGUACGGUGGCAUGACGGGUUGCCGGCUAGGCGACUUAUGGCAGCUUGAAAUCGACACCAUGACGUGGAUAAAGCCGACAAUCUCAGGAGACCCUCCAGCCCCCCGAAGCCUGCAUAGUGCGACUGUAAUUGGAAACAGGUAAGCACUUAAAACCCUGUAAGGUCAGGUCUUGAACUAGAUGGAUUUUGCUUCAUCACACGAAAAGUAACACCGUCGUCAGAAAUGAGGAGGGGUUUAGACUAGUUAGACUUGACGUAGUGCACGGCUUUGAGCUGUCGGUGCAUUGCGGAAAAGUCAAAUGACCGGGGAUAAGAAAACAGUAAUGAAAUUUCACCCCUGCGGUCUUUACGGUGACAACGUCAGCCACCACCUUAUACCUCGUCCCGUCUUACAUUCAUAGCGCAAGAAGAUCAUCCUAUUGCCUUGUUUUCAUGCUUUGCGACGUGUUAGGCAGUGAUUGAGGUACAAAGCUAUUUCGGCCUCAUACCCAGCACCAUCCUCGACUGUAGCGUUAACGGCAUGAGACUUUCUUUUUACAGAUUCACGGGAAUAUGAUUUAGCUGUCUUAGUCCCUCUCAGACUGUGAUUGAGCCCCAAUCUACGGCCACGGGAUAGUACUCGUUGGAUGGCGGUCAAUAGACGAGUUCUGUCUUUAUAUGUUUACGGCUAUCUCGACAGGCACGACACCAUUGUCAGGCAUCCUUCCAGCACCAUUCAUGCUCUCAUCGAAAAAUUUCCGAACUGGUAAAGAUGCGCGGCAAGUGUGGUAAUUACGUCCCGUUAGACCUACAAAACUGGACAGCCGUACUCCCAGCCAACUAGUUUGAGAUCACGUCCUUUAUAGAAUGCAUUCAACCCGUUCUUCGAUAUUUGUUCCGUUUACUCUCACUUCGUUGUUUAGCUGUCAUAGCUGACCUGGUUAGUCAGAAUACUGGGCAUAACAAGAGGCCUGGCACAUUCGACCAACUUCCGUUUUCAUAUGCAAAACAGCACGCAACGUCCAUCCUGGUGGGCGUUGCUCAGUCGACCUAGUUACACUUGUGCACUAAUUUCUGUUAAACAACAGCUUUAAAUUUAUGCUAAAGCAGUGGGCUAAUUGGAUGGGUGGCAAACUUCGAUGCUGAGUUUGAAGACCUCAGUCCUCUUCGUGACGGUGCGAGGUUAUCGUUGGCGGUACUGGCGACACAGUGAUCACCGCCUAGGCUCCUGGACGUUGUCGGACAGUGUAGACGAGGGACACAUCCGUACCGGUUUUAUAGGGGCUAUACUCGGGUAGUAAGCAGCGACAUACUGGAGGUUGGAGAGUCCGACUGUCGGGACAUAGUUUACUUGACCCGUCAGCUCGCUAACAUGCUAAGAGACCCAGGUUUUUUCUACCACUGCCCUCCGUCGCUAAUGGGAUUGGCAUCCACUCCUCUGCUGAUAACUGUUUGGCGUCUGCGUUUAGUCUGUUUUGUAAGCUUUGGAGGCCAUGCCCUUAAGUAUCAGAAAAACUUCAUAAGUCAUAGUAAUAAUACACGCUUGAGCCUCGUCUUGACCGUCGAGUAACUAUCCCCUACUCUUAAUAAGCCGCGUACAGCGUGUGUCAUUUCGCGCGAUGUUUUUCGGACGGAUAGGCAAGGGAAAGUGGUCGGAUAAAAAGGACAAAUAAUAUUUAUACUAAGUGCUGACUCGUUUUCCAACCUAGAAUGUUCGUGUUCGGCGGAUGGGUGCCUCUCGUAAUGGAUGACGUGAAAACAGCCGCAUCAGAGAAGGAGUGGAAGUGUACAAACACGCUAGCAAGCCUGAACCUGGAUACUAUGGCCUGGGAACCUCUUCAGUUGGAAGUGUUUGACGAAAGCCUGGUGCCCCGGGCACGAGCAGGCCACUGUGCCGUCGCAGUCAACUCCAGGCUAUAUAUCUGGUCAGGACGAGAUGGAUACAGGAAAGCAUGGAACAAUCAGGUGCGCAUUCCUCCAAGCUUUUUUUCGUUUCCUUAAGUCUUGUGAUGUGUCACCAGUUUCUAGCCGCAACCACCAUAUUUCAGGUGUGUUUCAAGGACCUCUGGCUCCUUGAAACAGACCGCCCGCCUGCGCCGAAUCGCGUGCAACUUGUACGAGCUGGUACCCAAAGUCUCGAAGUGGCUUGGGGUUCAGUACCGACAGCGGACGCUUACAUCUUGCAAAUUCAGAAAUACGACGUUUCCGCGCCGUCUGCUCCGUCUGUGCCGGCAUCUGCACGUCUUGGGUCUCCACUCCUUAACGUCGGCGAUUCAUCGUCUACUGUAAAACCGACCACUACAAGCGGGACGCUCUUGCAAGGAGCUCAGCAACAAGCAAGUUCCACAUGCAAAUGCAAUUUGUCCUUCAGAUUAUCUUAUCGCGUUUUGAUGAAGCACUGAGUGUAUGGCUGUCGACCGCGUUGGUACUUUACAAGAUCCGACUUUCGAAUUUUCGAAUUUCCAUCCGUCAACCAUUGUCUUCUCAGUCAACCAGAAUUAGUCUCCUUUGGCGCUGUCGUCCCCGCGUCGGAUUAAGUCAGAAUGACUUCUUUGGACGCUUUAUUUGCAGUUUUCCUCUGCAACCAGUGUUGCAUUUUAUGUAACUUAGCGAGAAGCUACCCUUUGUAUAAGACACGCUGACCUGGUUCCAUUGUGGAGUUUGUUGUGGGCCUUCGCAACAUAAACAAUAACGCUAGCCUAAGCAAAUUCAGGGUUUGCUUAGUAUGUUGAGCUCACAGGCACUUCCUUCCAUCCAGUAGCUACAGUAUUUUGCGGUGGCGAUUCUGAGGGUUUUGACAGUAUUACUACUACCUUUUUUCGCCAGUAUCCUUUAAGUCUACAUACUUAAACGAAUAGACACCGCAUUUCCUAAGUUCCGUUCUCCGUGUGUCCUUCAGUAGUCGUGAGUAGCAUCUAACAGGAAACCUGGUCUUAAGCCUGGAACCUUGUCCCCUAGCAAUUCAAAAUACUCCAUAUCUCGCCAUCCUUAAGCCUACAGUUGGUUAUAGCUGACUGACAGCACCAGGUGAGCCAGAACUAUUCAUCCCAAUCCCCGUUUUCAGUAAUAGCUUUCAAAACUGAGAAUCUCGGGAUAAAGUUUUGAGUAUUCGGUGGACAUUACCAAAACGGAUUCUUGUUACUCUGGAAUUUUGCGCAACCUCGCCUAUUUUUGAAGACUGGGAGGCAAAAGCACUUGGUCACUUUGUUCGAAGGUCGUGAUUGCCGGUUCUCAUGGUUACGUGAUUUAGUUGCCACCCUAAUCGACUGACCGAGUAAGUAUUUGCACCAGCUCAUGUUUAUUUUGGGCCUUUCACCUGUCACAACUGGAUGCUGGACCAAACUUACCCGAAAAAUCAGACUGGUGACCAGUUUGCUCCACCAAUUUCCUGACCUCGCCGCUUUGAGUAAAACUUACGUAGAGGCAGUUAUCUGUCUAAAGAUGGCUUACUUACUGGUCCUGCUGUAACUUCAAAGUCGCCCUAACUCUUACCUUCUGCACUUUGGACUCAGUUAAUAUGUUGCGCUGAAAAGUUUCAUGGGAGUACAAUCUGGUCUUAGAUGCCAGACCUGACCGUCUGUGCGGUCUGCUGCCCAGGCAACUGUUUAUUCUGUGAGUUUUGUUUAUAUUCCCUAUUGUACUAGUUAAUUUAAAAUUGUCACUUUUUCUUGGACGUUUUAGCGAUUACUGACAGGCCCAACUUCUAUGGCGGGCGUCACAUCCCCAAUUCCUGUCUCCGUCACAACGUCCCUUCACGCCCUCGCAAAUGCCGCGGCUGCUACCACCACACGAACGAACACCGUGACGGCUUCACAGUUCACGCCCAGUGUCACGGCCACGCCUGUCGGUGGUGGGUUAGUAGCUCAACAGCGUGUACCAACCGUAGUAACCCCCACGGGGCUGAAAAUAACGCCAGUUCCAGGCAGCGCUGUUACCGGGCGAGCGGCCAUAGUUGCUGCUGCGCAGGCACAACAACAGCUUCCGCAGUCGGGAAACUUGUUACGUACCGCAACUGUCGUUUCUGCGGCUAAUAAACAAGUAAGCGCUUACAGAACCACAAUUUAUUCUCAACACUAAAUCCGCUCUCACAUUUAAAAAUCACUGGCCUAAAUACAUACCAGCCUUUCAGUAUUUCAUACAAAAAUCCAUUAAACUGUUGUCCUAGUUCAUACCCGUUGGAGGAAAGCAGCUACUGACAACAAAUAGUGGAACAACCACACUGACUGUCGGCUCGGUAACUUCGGCUCCGGGUGCCCCCCUUGCCGGCGGUUCUGUUGUACACCUGGUAAAAACGCCCACUGGUCUAAUAAGACCAAUCAAGUUUGUGUCAACAUCCACCGCGUCUUCUGCACAACAACUGAAUGUUGGCACAAAAACCAUCUCCGUUCAAUCUCCGAUAGGUACGUCGAUGUUCGCGGUUUCCUGUUUUUGUUUCCACAGCUUCUGGACAGUCGGGCGUAGUACAGGUUUUUUGUCAGGAGCUGGAUCACAUAAGGUCAACUAGCACCAAUUCUAUGGCUUUUUCACUUACUGACCAUUGCACAAGCUAACAAUUUGUUUGUCUACCUAUAGGCACAAACCCAAAAGUCAUAAAGGCAUUCCCUGCCAAUGUUUUUCAAAAGUCUGCCCCUGGCAAGCCAAUUUUCAUAACAAGCGGGACUCCUACUCGUCCUCUAACUCCAGUUGUUGAGCAAACUGGCAGCGUCCGUUUUCCGAGUGUCGCUAGUGGACCACGACAGCAGCAGGUUGUCAUUGUUGGGUCCGCAGGUAUGUCAUCCUUUCGACGAAGUGCUUCUGCAUCUCACCUGUCCACCUUGCGAUGUUUAACGGUUCAUUUAUUUUUAAGGAGGCGUUAUGACAAGUUUAGCCACCACCAGCGCCCCUAGCAACAUUAUUUGGAGCAACCAGGCCCAAAUCGCUUCCCAGGUUACACAGGGAACGGUGGGUCAGGAGGGCUGCAACCAGACUGUAACUCGACUUCCUCAGUUCGAUGGGACGGCCGAUGAGGACGAUCAGCAAGGGGAUAAGAAGACUGAGGAGGCCCUUGACGGAAACCGACUUGACGCGGCAGCUGCACAAGGCAACAGCUCUUCCAAUGAAGCCUUCGUUCCUGAGGAGUCUGCGGUACUUAUUUGUCCAUCGGGAUUUUCGAUUUUGUUUUAUUUUCUAUUGUAGCCGUAGUCUGUAACAAUUUUUUGGUGGUGCCUAUUCCAGUCUAUUAAAAUUAGAUCGUCUGUUCCUGUUAAACAAAAGCGCUAGCUCUACAGCGCAGGUACGAACCUUACAAGAUUCCCCUGAACUCAGACGGCGUGGACUGUCGUUGCCGUCACAACCUUCCCCCCAAGUCUGGUCACCCUUGUGCCAUGUGCGCCCUUUGCGCCAUCCAGCAUUACCUAGCAAGUGAACUCAGCUAUUCCAAGCCACGGUGGUUAUGAUCGAUUACAUUCUUUUAAUCCGUUUCGCUACGCAAGUCUGUUAGCUCUGAAAGCGCGUCUUGUAGUAUCAUUUUCGGCCAGUGUAUAGGGACUUCUGAGUCACUGAGUUUCCUAUUUGCUAUUUUCCUUUGGUCUCGUGCACGUCCGCCCCGCCAUAUAUAUAAUUUUCCGACUGUUAAGUUUUUCUGCCUGUCUUGGUUACGGGCCAAACGCCCCAUUUUCUAUUCGCCUUAAUGCGCUCUCUUGAAUCUUAGUAAUCUGAUAGGUUCAGGUGGAUUUUUUCAUGUUUACAUUCUUAGGUGGGUGCUCUAGUAGAAGGUAUGGCCGCUGAGGCCGCCGCCCAGCUUCUAAUGGAGGCCGUCGAGGACUCCGCAGUAUCUCAGCCAAAUGCGAAUGACUCAGAGACUUCCAUCGGAGAAGGGAAAACUGUUCGCCUUUUAGUGACCGCCUCUGUCGAUAAUGAAUCGGAAGACACUAGCUGUAAGUUACAUGAAUUUUCCAAUAUAUUUUCUGAAUUAAAACGUGGUUUCCCGGCAUGGGGUCUAAAAUUGUUGGAGGUUAUCGAAACAUUAAUAGCACCUCUCCGACUUUAAUCUGCGAUACUCAAUGGUGGAGGUAAACCUGAUUGAAGGGUACAGAGAGCACAGUAUUUUCACCAGUUCCUGAGUGACUCAGCUGAUUCCAGCGGACAUACUCCAAACCCGUUCAUAUUCUAUUCUGAACUUCAGGCGGAGCUGCAAAGCCGACAAAUGAUCCCCUUGAAACCUUGGCAUCUGUCGCUGCUAGACGUGGGGAGGACUUCGAAGGUACUCUGUGGCAUAGUUUACCCGUACUCUGAGUAUUCCUUGUAUUCCACUUUCCACGUUACAAUCAGACUUUUAGCGUUUUUAUGAAGGUUUACAAUAUAAUUCCCGGGCUUUCCAUCGAGGCCUAAACUGCUGAUGCUCCCUAGGCCUGUACGGGUUUACCUUAUGCAUUUUAUUUCAUGCACUAACUUGAUUUGCGCUCUAUAGAUGAAAGGCAAGAGGCUGCAAAUUCGAAUACCGAAGGGAAACAGCCAGCAGUCUCAACGUCCGUCCCCUCACAACAGUCUCAGCUGCAUCCUCGAACCAUUGCAGUUACCGUUGGUAGCCUUACAGUGCAGCCUUCGUCCCAAGCACAGUUAAGCAAUGCCACCAAUCCCAUUUUGAUGCCAAACUCCGGCACAAUCGGACAAGGAUCACAGUUGAUUCAGCCCUCCACUGCGCAACCCACUACAAACGUCGUGCUGACCAACCGAUCAGACAGUGCCUGGCACGAUGUUGGUGUCAUAAAGGCGACCAGUUUCACUGUGACAGCAUAUAGCGCCUACACAAAUGAUGUAGGCGUUAGUGUUGAGGUAAUUCGAAAUUCUAUCCCUACUACAUGCCUUUUGCCUUCUUGUUAACGAGUGUUAGGUAGUCCGCCUGCGCUCGUUACUGCCCUGCCCGUUCUUGGGUUUCAAUUUACAAACUUCUAGAGAUCUUACUUUCUGCUUGAUGUCUUAAGAUUAUUUCAUUCUACUCAAAACACCGGUAAAAUGUUUUCGUCUUGACCAUCCAUUUAGGCUAUUGAGGCUCUUCAAGGUCCUAACGGUAUUGGCCCGACGGGUAUUGCGACCCAAGGCCCGAAAAUACCUCUUUCACCCGGCACCGCCUACAAGUUCCGUGUGGCUGGCCUCAACGCCUGCGGUCGCGGUCCAUGGUCCGAAAUCAGUGCAUUUAAAACCUGCCUACCCGGCUUUCCUGGGGCGCCCAGCGCCAUAAAGAUCACAAAAUCGGAGAAUGGUGCCCAACUAACGUGGGAACCUCCACAAAACACAUCUGGCCGUAUAAUUGAGUACUCAGUGUACUUGGCAGUCAAAGCACAGCCUGGGAGUGGCAAAGAUUUACCCGAGUCAAAGGUGCGUGGUACAGACUUUUUGAUUUCGUGUUAUUUUGUUGCCCUCCUUCCUGAACAUAAUUUUAAAUAUUUCAGAUGGGAACGAUGCCUUCUGGAAUGGCAUUUGUUCGCGUUUACGCCGGUCCUGCACCGACAGCUUUGGUAAGCUCUGCUGUGCUUGCAAAAGCCCAUCUGGAUGUCAGUUCCAAACCUGCUGUCAUCUUCCGCAUUGCGGCCUGCAACGAAAAGGGUUAUGGACCAGCAACACAAGUCCGUUGGCUACAGGAGGCUCACUCUGUCGGAGGGGGUAAUGCCGUGUCUCCCUCAGCGGCUAUGAAGAAGACAUCGCCUGGUGGGACCAUGCCGCCCUCAGAGUCGGUCGAGGGGUAGGACCAUUUCGACGAUCUUAAUUUUCUCUACUGGUUUUCCAUGCUUGUAUAAACUUUGUCGUAUUUCUCAGGAAGAACACGCACAUCAUUUCGCCUCUUAUAUUCACCUGAUUAGAAGCGCACAUCUUCAAACAGUUUUCAAAAAACAUCAGUUUGCGGCUCUAAAAAGUUAGUUUUUGAUGCGUUCGCAAUAUUCGAAACGACCUUGGUUUAGAGGACUUGAAGCUUAAUUUUUUUACGAAAGCUAUUUACCUAAGCUAGAAACCACAUUGUCUUGUCACCAGUUUUUCAGCGUAUACAAAUCGAUCCGUAUCUGCCACAAUAUCUCAUGUUCGCAACCACAGACGUGUUCAUGAGAACCCGAUGGGUGAAUGUGCCCUUGUUCUAGGUAAACGCUAUGCAAUUUGGGAAACUUAAGGACAGUGAAGCACACUUUUAUCCUGAACAUAUGAGGGGAUUACCAAACUGAAAUGGAUCGCCUACGUAGCAAAAAUGGAGGUCUGACUAUUUCGUAGAUAAUAAAUGUAAGCAGGCAAUUUUUUUACAUUUUCUAGUAGGAGUGUUUAAAUGCGUAGAAACACAAAACUUAUAUUAGUUGAGCUGUCAUUUUUCUAGAUUUAAUCAACAGACCUGGCUACGUGCAUGCCAUGGGAACAUUGUCUCGUGCCGAUCAGUUUCCCAGUUUUUCUUAGUGGUUUUCAUCUGAGCGCAUAUUUCGAGAUUUUGGUCGAUGCUCCUUGUGUCUAAUUUGAAUUCUCGUUUUUGUUUUUAUCUUUCAGGUCUUUUUCUUCUCCUGUAAAGCGUUACAAAACAGAUGAACAUUCAUAA